AUGCCCCCUCCACCGGGGGUUACACCGAAUUUCGACAACCCCGAGUCGAUCGCACAUCGUGUUAUCAUAGUUUCUGUGCUCGGUGCUGCAAUCACGAUUCCCAUCUGCUUGAUACGGUUGUAUACGAAACGCUACAUCCUCCGGAACGUUGGAUGGGAUGACUAUUCGAUCGUGGUUGCAACAAUUCUCGCUUUGGGCUUUUCCAUCUACGUUAGCUACCAAACGACCAAUGGAUUGGGUUACCACAUCUGGGAAGUCACCGCAGAACAGUUUUACACGUUGAUGAAGAUCGGUGACAUUGCGGGUCCGAUCCUCUACAACCUUGCUACGUUGUUCACAAAAGUUUCAUUGGGUGCAUUUUAUUUACGAAUCUCGCCUUUUGAGCGAAACUUCCGCAUGGCUGUCUAUGCUGUUGUGUUCGUCUCGAUUGUAAACAGCUUACUGUCGGCGUUUGGCUUCGUUUGGGUAUGCCAACCCAUUGCGAAGUACUGGGAUUUCACCAUCACCACUGGAACAUGCAUCAACCUCAAUGCAUACUUCCUUUCGUCUGCUUGCAUCAAUGCAGCUACCGACCUGGCCCUCCUCGUUCUCCCGAUCUUCAUCAUGCACAAGCUUCAACUCGCUUUGCACCGGAAGAUUGGCGCGGCAUUACUCCUCAUGACAGGUUCUUUUGUUUGCGUAGUGAGUCUGAUCCGAGUCGCACAAGUUGUCAAAGGAAUGCACCUCAUCCCGACGGAUGGCACUUGGGGGAUGGUAAUCAACUUCAUAUGGAUGUUAACGGAGAUGUGGCUCGGCAUCAUUUGCGCCUGCCUGCCAAUCCUUUAUACCUUUGUCCGCACACACGUUCGAGCGAAGCGCGGAUCUGGCGAUAAAGUAGCGUAUCCCGCUGUGAGAGACCCGAACAGUGGACAGAUCGGUUACAAGGCGCCUGCACAAGCACCAGAUUCCGGCUACCACUCCGGGCAUAUGUCGAACUUCAGCUUGGAUCAGUUGGAUGCGGAGAGACGUGGUCAUUACGCUGAUCAUGAACAUGGUGUUCGGCCGGCGACAUCGGACAAAAGCCUUUUGAUCACUACUUCGAGGUGCAGCGACUAG